CACAAUGGGGAGAAGCCCUACAAGUGCUUGGAGUGUGGGAAGAGCUUCAUGCAGAGCAACCACCUCAUCAGCCACCACAUGAUCCACAUCGGGGAAUGGCCCUACGAGUGUGGGGAAUGUGGGAAGGGCUUCAGCUGCAGCUCCGUCCUUGUCACCCACCAACACACCCACACUGGAGAGAGGCCCUACGAGUGUCCCCAGUGUCAGAAGAGGUUUCACACCAGCUCUGACCUCCUCUGCCACCAGCAGAUUCACACUGAGGAGAUGCCCUUCACCUGCCCUGAAUGCGGGAAGGGGUUCAAGUGCAGCUCCCACCUUGUUAGGCACCAGCACAUCCACACUGGGGAGAGGCCUUUCCGCUGCCCUGACUGCGGGAAGGGCUUCAAGCACAACUUUACCCUCAUCAGGCACCGGCGCAUCCACAACAGGGAGAGGCCCUACGAGUGUCCCCAGUGUGGGCAGAGCUUCUCAGAC